AUGAGUGCAGGCCACCAUUGCCUGCUCAAAAGAGUGAACCGCUGGUUUUUCAGAAGGUCCGAUGAUCAUGUUUUUGACCAGCCUCUUUUUGGCUCUUUUGUGCAGAAUGAAGAGGUGAAGCCAUUGAUUCCUGACCCAAACUUAGACAGAAAACCCACCAGUGGCUCGGAGCGAAAUGCAGACAGCCUGCCGUCCAACCGCACAGAUGAACAGGCCCUGCUCACGACCAUCCUGCAGCGUACAGCUCUGAAUAUAAUUGACGUGUCGGCUGUUGAUUCUCAAGGCAUGGAGCAACAUGAAUACAUGGACAGAGCCAGACAGUACAGCACCAAGCUGGAGGUGUUGAGCAGAACGCUGUCUCAGAAGAAGCCCGUUCCUCUUCCAUCACUGACCAGCCAACCUCACCAGGUGCUCGCCGCUGACCUGGUCCCCUACGCAGAUGUACAGCAGGUUUCUAAGAUUGCUGCGUAUGCCUACAGCGCCAUCUCACAAAUCAAAGUAGAUGCCAAGGAAGAGCUGGUGGUACAGUUUGCUAUACCAUGAUUCAAAAGAUGGACCUCCUUCCUCCCCAGUUCCUCUGUUUCUGUCUCUCUUUCUAGCCCUUUCACUCCUCCCUUCUCCUUCCAAACUUCUUGAGAUGCAGACGCCCAUGUCUUUGUUCUCUGAAUGCCCUGCAGAUAAAUAUAAUUCACCCCAACCAGAGUAACCAUUUUCCUUGUGUAAAUCCGUCACCCGCCACGGCACAGAUCCGAGAGGGUAAAAACAUCUGAUCUACUAUCUUUGCUUUGACGAGUUGCAUUUGAUUAGUUACUGGUACUUUUUCAUGCAUUAAUCAAACCCUUUUUCACCAAAUACAUCAGAAAUGCUAAACUCAACGGCGUCAAGCUGCUACGAUUGCUUUGGUGAGCUUUUGUUUAGUUUUAUUCGUUCUUGUUGAUUCUUCUUCUGUUGGCUUUUCAGUUUCCUGAUUAGUUGGAGAUUGUUAAACCAAGUAGCACAUCCAGACUUCUCAAUUAUUCUUAUACUUGUACUAAAGUUAAUCGUAUAUUUACUCAGUUUGCCUGGGUCAUAUUAACACACAGGUUAUGGUUCAGUUCAGUAAUGUAAUUAAUUCCCCUGUAGUAUUCUUGAAUCACUGUGGUUUAGAGUUCAUUAUUUCUAAUGCAUUCUCAUAAUUGUAUGCACCGAGGUUCCAGAUUGGGAUGUGGAUUAAUAUGGGCAACAUAAAUAAUACUUCUGUCUAACCAGAGUAACAUGCAUGUAAUGUUGCAUUAACCAUCUUUUUAUUAUUUUGAAUUCUUUAUUUAACUAAUUUGCUUUCUGUGGCUGAUCUGCUUGAAAUUCUUUUAAAUUGAUUUUCAACUGGUUUAGAUUUUAGUCUAUCAACGUUAACUACCCAAGAGCUGAAAGCAUGGGAUGUUCUGCAACUUUAGACAUUAAUUUGUGGUUUUUCCUAAUCGUUCACCUCUAUUUGCCAAUAGAUCGUAAUCAGGUUGGAUGCCAUAUUGAAUUUUUACGCAGAUGAAAACAAAGCUGUGAUGGACAGACUUACUUUACAGUCUUUACAAUAGCAAAGUUUUUAUGGCGGAUGGUAAAUAUCAUGGGAUGCACCGUGUCACAUCAGAAAUUUCAUUCGAUAUUUUGAAUCCUCUGAAGCGGCUUUGCUAUUGCUUUUAACGGAAGAGAAAGUGUUUCUCUUACCGUGCACCUUUCCUAUAUCCCUCAAAUGGUCAUGCAGUCGUAACGGAAAAGCCGAACCCCGGUUAAACCGAGCCAGAACAGCGUGGCCUGUCUAUCAAAUAAUCAUGCUGUCAACUCUGAAUGUUUUGGAUGGGGAGGCGGGUUUGAAGUGGAAUUCGUAGUUUGUAAAUGAUGUUUUUGUGUCAAUGCCUUUAAUGUACAGAGUGUAAAAUGAUUCGAGAUGAAUGAUUAAUACGAAGGGUAAACGGCUCUACGGCGCCCCCUGGCUGCAUUAUGCCUUAGUCGUAAGGCUUUGCGAUCGAUAGCUUGUUUUUAGCUAAGCAAACGGGGAUGCUUUUACCUUGCCUGUUCCACUUUUAACAUAAUAAUAAAAAAAAAAAUAUUAUUACAUUGCUUUAACUUAGUCCAUCUAACUUUUUGCUGUUGUGCCGAAAAACAAGGAAAGAACUAGUGAAUUAAAACAACUAGCGUUCUUUCCUGAAAUGCCACACAGUAUGUUUGUGUAAUUAUUUAUUUUGAUUUUAUGUAUUUAUGCAAGCUCACAGACCAGUGUGGGACAAUUAGCUCUCUAGAUCAUGGCAAGGCACUUUAGUCUUUCUUUGAGGUUUUUAAAGGGAUAAAAUGCGCUGCAAAUAUUUUGUUUUCUGUUGCAGUGUACUAAUAGUGUUCAAGUUUGUUUGUUACCUAAAUGUGGAAUACUACCUGAUUUACAGAGAAAACAUUUCUUAGGCUAGUACCAAAAAAUUAAUCACAAUAUUCUUCUAAAACUGUUUUUGUUGAAUGGAAU